AACACACACACACACACACACAUAUAUAUAUAUAUAUAUGUGUGUAUGUAUAUAGAUAUAUAUAUAUAUGUAACAGCACAUUCAAUUUCCACAAUCAAAAAUUAAUGUACAUGGAUUAUUUGCUUGAUAAAUAAAGUUUUGGACGAAAAAAAUUGCAUAAAAAUGGAUAAAUUAAGGAGAGCUCUAAACGGUAAUGAACGAUGUGAUGAAGAAAGCGGUAUUAUUACACAGGUCAUGGAUCAAACAACAUUGAGUUGGUCUACUAGGAUAAAAGGUUUUGCGAUUUGCUUCAUCAUAGGCAUAUUAUGUUCAUUUCUUGGAUCCUUUGCCCUAUUUUUGCAAAAAGGUCUUGCUGUAUUUGCUGUAUUCUAUACUCUAGGCAAUAUUAUCUCUUUAGCAAGCACAUGUUUCUUAAUGGGCCCGUUCAAUCAAUUUAAGAAAAUGUUUGCAUCAACAAGAUUGAUUGCAACUAUAUUAGUAUUUACUUCUGUUGCUUUGACAUUAGUUGCAGCUUUAUACUUGCACAACCCUGGUUUAGCUCUCUUAUUUAUAAUUAUUCAGUCAUUAGCUAUGACAUGGUAUUCCUUGUCAUAUAUACCAUAUGCUCGCGAUGCUGUCAAAAAAACAGUGGAAUCCUGUAUAACGUGAGAAAAGCAAUCAUCAUCUUCAAUCAAGUUUUUUUUACUCUACAUUAAAGUUUGUUGUAUAAAUAUUAAAUUUUACAGUAUCUUCAGACAUUUUAAUUAUAUUGUAAUAUCUAACAUGUGAAUUGUAAUCUACUUAUUUUGUAAGAAGUAAAUAUUAAGAUACUUGAGAACUAUAAAUUCAUUGUAAUAUAUACAAGACAAUACAAUAUGUAUUAUGAAGAAUGUGUUGUAUAUCACAAAUGAUAUACUUAAUUCCAACAAUAAUGUGUCCAACAAUAAUGUGAUAUAUACCUAAUACAUUGCGAUACUUGAAGGGACUUAAUCGCGAUAUAAAAUGUAAUAAUAAAUAUUGUAUUAUUAUAUAUUUCUUACAACAUUUAUAUUAUUAUUGUUAGGAUUUAAUACUACAAGAUUUUUACUGUACUGUAUGUACGCAUUGUAUUUUUAUAUUAUUUAAAAAUGCAUUGCAUUUUGGAAUAAAAAGUUAUGGUUUAA